CGGACCCACAGAGGGGGCGCUGUGACACCACAGAGAGAGGCGGGUCAAAUCAUAGCAGAAGAAGAGGAGUUGCGGGAAAACUCAAGCGGCUGAGUUUGAUGUUGACGUCUUUAAACUGUGAGAAAACCAGCCUUUUAAAAUCACUAUGAUGACUCCAAACGCCACAGAUGUCAAAAAGGGGAUCACGGUCCUGUGGGAGACACUUCAGUGUCCCAUUUGCCUGGAUUUAAUGACGGCGCCGGUCUCUACUAAGUGUGAUCACCAGUUUUGCAAAUUUUGCAUCACGAAACUUCUGGACAGCUCCAAGCAAAACAGAGCCCCGUGUCCCGUGUGUAAAUCCCAGAUAACAAAGAGGAGCCUGCAGGAGAGCCCUGGGUUUCAGAGACUUAUUGCAGGACUGCAAGACAUGAUUCAGGCGUAUGAGCAAGACACCUGCACAAACUAUUUUACUGGAAUGCCGCAGCAAAGGAGGAACACUAAUGUCACGAAUACAGAAACAAGCAAAGAUGCUUGUAAUUUAUCAUCUGGAGACACAUUUGGACCUGAACUGGAGAGAAAGGAAGCUGUAGAGCAGGAUGGUUCUCCGCCGUCCUGCUCCUCAACUCUAGCAGCUCAGAGCAGAUUUGCUCAGCUCAUGGGCCUUGAAGACUCGGCUUCUGUGACCGCAGAAAACGAGGGCCUGGAUAGCGGCCUGGGUGACGUCCCGCCGACCUCUGACAAGAAGACGUCCGGCUCCACGGAUAAUUUAGAGCCGGAAACUGCAAAGGCUCAGAAAAAUGGCACGUCGACACGUGCGGCUAAAAACAAAAGGUCGUCUGUCAAAGCGGGGAAGUCCUCUCUGCGUUCAAAACCAGAUGGCGAGGAUCCUGGCCAACAAUGCGUCAGAAAGUCGUCUAGAAAGAAGCAGAAGGAGGAUUUGGAGCCAGACAAGGUUCUCGAGCAGAAGAAGAAGAAAAGUUUGGAGAAAGUCGCCGAGUGGCUCCUGAAAGUUCCAGCCGAAGAUGAGCUGGAGCUGGAGAAGCCCCAACAGAGCGGAGACGAAUCGGACGACUGUUCGUCUACGCCGACGCUGGAUGUGGACCUGCGAGACGUCGCGUCAAAGAGAGAAGAUCGCACCAAAGACCUCGAAGAGCAAGUUUUUGGUGCCGUCUACAAACGAAGAGGAAGCAAAGUUAAAGAGCCGCUAACGGCUACGGAAAAACAAACACGUAAAAGGCUUUCGAAACCCGGUAAGAAGAACGACGUCCGUGUUUGUGAGGAGCAACGGUUGGUCGAAAACGACACCUGCAGUGACUUAUUCAAAGCAUCUGGAGAGAUGGAGGUCACGGACGAGCUUGAUAAAAACGUGGAAGAGUUGAAGCACUUGUCAGAAAAGCAUCAAGGAGAACACGAGGUUCCGCGACCAGAAAGGACGCCGGCAACCAAAAGGACUCGCAGAAGUCUCCAACAGCUUGACAACGAUUUCCAGGAGCCGACCCAGUCCAAACCAAAAGGUACGGAGGAGAGAACUGAUCGCAGGAGAGGCAAAAAAUCCAAGUUAAGCACAAAGAAACCAGCUAAGGUGGCAAAGCCUCUCGUCUUGGUAGGAGUUCAGAACGGCGAAACCGGUCCUAAACCCAAAGAGAGAUCCGGGGAAGUCGAAGUGCAAAUAGAGGCCUAUCCCAGCAGCGAGGACCAGGACACCGUGAUCACCAAGAGCGCUAGAAGAAGCAGACGACUUCAGCUUUUCGUCGAGGAGGUUCAGGGCAGUCACAAGAAAACCGCCUCGAGAUCCAGGGAAGCUAAAAAAGAAAACGGAGCCGAAAAGCAACCUGAAGAAACCAACGAUGAAACCAUGGAUGCAACCCAACGCGGGAACCUAACCAAGGCAGCUAAGAGAAACGGCUGCGUUUAUGAGGAAGAUUUAGGAGGGAUAGAAAGCAUGGAGAAGAGCGGGGCAACGUCUCCGAGACAAAACGACGCCGAAGUGCCUGAAGCCAGAACUCCGGCUAACGCUGCUGCCGACGGCGCCGUCUCUGUGGUGCCAAACUCCACGAGCCCGACCGACCCGUCCGUGUUCGGUCCGACGCUGGAGAGCGAGACGCAGGGGGACGGCUGCCGGCCUGAUUCCCAGCAGGAAGCCCGUGUUGGCGAGGCCCUCCGUGCCGUUGGAGAUCACGAGGACUGCAGGAACGACAGCGAGCUGGACAUGGAGCAACUCCUCCAGUCCUUCAAAGCCGCUAAAAGAAAAUCUUUCCACCUCGGGAAACCAAGCGCGAAGAGAAGCCGUGGCUCGGAUGAAGAAAACGCAGAUAGCCGCCGAGACCGUCCGAGCUCGGAGUUGUCGGAAAACACGAACGAGGUUUCGAAAGAGGCAGAGAAGUCGGUUUGUAGUGACGUGAUUCCUCCUUCCAACUCACCCGUCCGGACGAGGAAAGCGGAUGGAGUCGUGCUGGAGGCCACGGAUCCUGACGGCGAGGACGCUGAAAGGCGGCCCUGCAGGAGCAGCCUCAGCAGCGCGCUCAGUCCGAACAAAGUGUCAAAGCGUGACACGGACAGUCCGCUCUCUGUUGUCCCUCAGGUAGUAGAUUCUGGCCUCCGCUUCACAGCCGUUGACCACGAAGCAUCUAAGGGGUCUCAGAUCACUCCGGGUCAGAGUGAUCGUCACCUGAAGGAGGACCAAGAUGGCGUCACCAGAUAUGAUUCGGUCAACGACGCCGAUGUGUCCUCUUUAACCCCCGACGUCCUGGGGACGGCGGGCGGCCGUGAAGCCGACGUGAACAACAGCGGUAGCGGAGCGGUCAGCGGCCGCUUCUCCAAGGUCAACCCGAGGAAGAGGAGGAAGGCGCAGAGGCUGGAGUCUUCGUCCGGGUCCGACAGCGACGGAUCCAAAGAGGAGUUGCCGACCCUGGCGCAAAUCUUUGGGAAGUCAGAUCGCCGGCAAACUGAGAUCAAAGAUCAGGGAGAAAUCGGGGAAAGUAACCGACGCGAGGACGAGGACGCCGUGGGGGAAACCGACCCGGCAGAGCCGCCGAGUCCGGCCGCCAGCCCGAACCCAGACCAGGUCAACUCCAGUCAGGCGUCCGUGGACUUGUUCGGCACGCCAGAGGAAUGCGAUGCCCGUGAAAACGACGUCGGCGUUUCCUUUGAAUCAUCGCAAUUCUCAAGCGAAGUUCUUGUUACUCAGCAAAAGAUAGAAAUGCAGAAGGACCUGGUGAGGCUGGAGAAGCUGAUGGCUGUCGUGUCAGAGAUGCUUCAGGAGAAAGAAGGCAGCCCUGCUAGAGAAGAGCCUUCAGAAACCGACCCGGGUUGCAGGAACAGAGGCCCAGACGCUCACAGACCCCUCCUGAAUGACCAGGACCAAGUCCAAGGUCCUGCCAGGAAGGAUCGUUUAAAUGCAGAAACAAGACCAUCUGAUGAUAAAGUGGCAACUGAGGCAGGAGUGGCAAAGCGGGGGAGCAUAUCGGAGACCCCUGUGCAUCACUCUCCUCACACGGGGUUGACUGUAAAAGACUCAAAGAGCCCCAAUCCAACUUCUCCAACCAAAACAGCCAAAAACUGCGAUUCUCCGCCAGAUGGGCAAGAAGAGAAAGAAAACAACAGUCCUCCGAAAGAAGGAGCUAAAGCUAAGCUUGUUCUUGUGUCGUCCGGAUUGGGCCCCAACGAGCAGGUAACGGUGAAAAGGUUUGCCAAACGACUCGGCGGUCGCGUCGUUUCCCAGGUGACGCCAGAGGUCACUCACAUCAUAAUGCGCACAGAUGACCAGCUGGUCUGUGAGCGAACGCUGAAAUACUUCCUUGGAAUCGCGGGCAGAAAGUGGGUGGUCAGCUUCCAGUGGAUUUCCGAAUGCUUCAAACAAAGGAAAGUCCUGGAAGAGAGUUUAUUUGAAGUGAGAGGCGACGUGGUGAACGGGCCCAACCACCAGGGGCCCUUGAGAGCCCGUACCACAGGGGACAGUAAUCUGCUCAUGAAGGGCUACAAGAUCUGCUUCAAGGGAGCUUUUACAGACAUGACGACAGAUGAGAUGGAGUUGAUGGUGGAGUUGUGUGGAGCCACCGUCGUCAAAGAUCCACUUCUCCUUGACGAGAAGCAGAGGUCCCAGCAGAUCGUCAUUGUACAGCCCAGAUCUGAUUCAUCGUCCUCCUCAUACAGCGGUUUGUCCAGGAAGGCCACAGUUGUGACCCGCGGCUGGCUGUUGGACACAGUUGCAACAUACAAGCUGCAGAACCUCAGCAGCUACACAGUGUGACGAGCCACAGACCCACAACGGCUCGGUUGUCUCACUGCCCAUUGUACAGUUCUGUUAUUCAUGCCCAGUUGUGUAACUUAACACAUCAUCGGCCUGGUUUGUGUAAGAUUCAUCUAAAAUAUGAUGUAUAUAAAGAGAAAUCAAAAGCA